UGAAUAAGUACUUGUUAUGUGUUCUCGGAUAUGGAAGCUAUGAAAUUGAUUCCAUGUGCAGAAGCAGCAUCGGAUGAGAGGAGCUGUUGUUUACAGAUACAAAAAUUGGGGAAAACCCCCAAAUGUCUUUGUGCUGUUAUGCUUUCAAAUACUGCUAAGCUCUCUGGAGCUAAUCCUGAAGUUGCGAUGACUAUUCCUAAACGUUGCAACCUUGCUAAUCGUCCUGUUGGCUUCAAAUGUGGACCUUACACACUACCUUGAAGAAAGAAGACUACUUGAUGUGCUGUUAUGUUAUCUACUUAUAUGUUAUUGUGAGCUUAACUUAUAAAUCAGAGAUUAUGUCAUGUAUGAUUUCUGACUAGUGUAAUAAUAUUUGGAGUUGUCUCUUGUUAAGAUGAUUCUGUUAUCCUUUUUAUUA